UUAAAUUUUUUUAAAGAAAAAAAGAUUUCAAGUUUAAAAAUGCUAGUUUCGCCACUGGCGAGGUGCAAAAUUUACUUAUUAUGACCUAUAUUAUAUAUUUUUUAUUGAUUUGAUUAUACUUAUAGGUUUAUGGUAGACACAAAAGUAGUUGACUACAACUGGAUUGAAGUGCCACUUAUGAAAUAUAUUUUAUUGUCAAGUUAUGCAAGUCUGCUUCAUCUCGCUGCCAAAUUGAAUUAAACAUGGCAUGGAAUGAUUUUGUAUCACACGAACCAGAAGGGGAAUGAUCGAAAAACUCACCUGUUCGUAUAUUGAGUUUUGAUAUUGAAUGCACUGGACGAGCAGGUGUGUUUCUCAACAUGAUCUCGGUCAUUCAGAUUGCAAACAUGGUGAAAAAGGUCCCUUCAUUCUCAAUUCAUGUGCUCCCAUCAUUGAAAAGCAGGUUUUGUCCUACCAGAGUGAACUUUUGAAAGUUUAUUAUCCAAGCAAUAUGCUGAUCUUUACUUUAUGAGGCCAGAAAUCCGUGAUAAAAUGGAUUGCAAAGGAAUUGAAACUACGAGAAGAGAUAAUUGUCCUUUGGUUGCAAAUCUCAUCAAUUCUUGUUUAAAGAAACUCUUUAUCGACAGAUUAUUCAGUUUGCGAACAUUGUAAAUGUAAGGAAAGUGAAAUAUAUCAAAAUGAGAUCUCUGUGUUGUUAUUAUUACUAAGCCUGCUGUUGGUUGCUCGAUCUGAAGAGGAACCAUCGGAAUCCCUUCACUUGGAGGAUCAUCCAGAAGAAGAAGUGGCGAAUGAAGUGAGCGCCAAUUCUUUCAGGGCAGAUGAACUGGGGAAUGAGAAUCUGGGUGACGUCACUGAGGAUCACUCCUCAGACAUGUACAAUGAAAGAGGCGUCAAACAGGACUUCAGCCAAGGAGGGUCGACUUACAACAAGCACCACAAGGGGAACGUAGCCGACAAUAAGGAGUUGGAAAAUGUGAAGCAGCAUGAUGCGGGUGAAAAGUUUGGUGCAGAAGCCCUCAAAGAACACAAAUUGGGAAAACACAAAGAGAAGAGUAAAGGGCACAAACUGCAUGGUUUUAAGAACACAUAUCACAAGGAAGAAUACGGAGACCAUAAAACAUUUCACGAUGAAUUUUUGGACACUGACCAUCAUCACGACUACGACGACCAUCACGAACAUAGGCAACUACAGGGAGGGAAAUUUUCAAAAGGAUUCAAGCAGGAAGGAAAAAAUAAAAAUUUUGAUGCUGGCGAUGAGAAACAUGAAUGGGGAAAAGAUGGGUAUGAUGGUUACGAUGAUGGAAAGUAUGAGGCUGGCAGUCAUGCCUCAAAGCAUCACCAUGGCAACAAGAAGCAUGAGGAGCAACACGAAUCUCAUGAUGACAGACAAUCCUAUAGGAAGAAGAAAAAUGGAGGCGAUGAUGCUCCUCACUAUUACUCCCAAGAUCAGCACACACAACCACACCACGAGUCUUACGAUGAAGGACAUUAUGAAGGAAGGGCUUCUGCUUUAGGAAAUAAAGAACCCAGGAGCACACGAAUAAGCGAUUACGAAAGAGUCCCUCCACUAGAAAACAGUCGACCCUAUUACAAUCAUGAGAAAACAAGAGCUAGCAAUUCUGAUAGAAUCACUCCACUGGAAUAUAAUGAACCUCAAUACAAUCGAGAGAAACCGAUCACGAGAAAUUAUGAAAGAGUGCCUCCACUAGAAAAUGAUGAUGCUCGAUACAAUCCAGAAAAACUGAUCACAAGAAAUUUUGAAAGAGUGCCUCCACUAGAAAAUAAUGAUCCUCGAUACAAUCAAGAGAAACUGAUCACAAGAAAUUUCGAAAGAGUGCCUCCACUGGAAAAUAACGCCCCUCGGUACAAUCCCGAAAAGCCAAUAACCGGUAAUCUCGAAAGAGUUCUUCCUUUGAGAAACAAUGAGCUCAAAUAUAAUCAGUUGCAAGCAGUAACUAAGGAUUUUAUGAAAGUUCCUCUCCGUCAUAACACUGCAAAAACAUACAAUGCAGCAGAAAUACCUCAAACUAAAGUACUGUUUACUAACACUGAAUUAGUACCUCGUCAGGCUCCAAUACAGCAUCAAUUUUACCAUAGAUGGCCACAACACCCAGACUUUAAAAAUUACAAUCCUAGUAAAAUUCAGAAUAAUAAUUCGUUCCCCAAGGAGACUCUAAGUCGAUAUCAGCAAGGUGGUGGUUCUCUUUCAAAUAACCAGUUCAAUAAUUACCAGUCACAGCCCUACCGUUGGCCUCCCGCGAAUGAUGUCCGACAACCUACAGGACAUCAGCCACAACAGAGCAUGUAUGUGCCACAAUACAGUUGAUAACAAUGUCAACCUUUGUAUAAUUGGAACAAAUAAUGCUUUAGAGUGAAGAACACAUUAUAAAUAUGAGACAGAAAGUGGGAAUUCAUAAAAAAUUCCUCUUCGUAACUCAUACCUAGUAAUUCAGAAACACUAGUUAUUUUGUAGAUGCACAGUGACAAAGAUAAUUAUCUACAGGGUUGCAAAAAUCCCACCCAGGGUUGGUGAAACCCACCUUUUACUGUGUUUUUUCUAAAAUUGAUUUCUUUUUUAUCCUUUGCUAUUCUAUUGAAAUAUAUCUGUAGUCUAGCCUAAAAAAUUAAAUCUAUGGUGAACAAAAAUGUGUUUGGAAACUGGAGAGUCAGUCACCUUACUGGCUAGAUUUGACUGUAUGGCCAUUGAUUAGUCAGUGCCUUUGAUUAGCUUUCUAUGCAAAAAAAAAAAAAAUUGCUCAAAUAUUUUUUAAGAUUAAAAUAUAAAUAAAAAGUAAUCCUGUGUUAAAAUAAGUUUCAAAUGCGUGAUGUAUGUGAGUACAUAUAGCAUUUUGUAUCGUGAUGUCAGAAGAAACUUUAUUCAGACUUUUGCACCCAUUUAUUUGUAUUAAUUAAACUUUAAUUACUUAUAUGUGAAGUCAGUUCAAAAAUUAAAUCUAAUUAUUAAUAUUAAAAUAAGCUUUUUUUUAAAAAUAAGGUACUUAUCCCUGCCCUCUCUUUUGAAAAAAAGCAAUGAAACCCUCCCUGGUUGGGUUUUUUGCAACCAUGAUUAUCUAAGGACACUUGUAUAUAUUAUAAGUCUUAAAAUAGGCUAUUGUGUAAAUCCACAAAUGAUUUUGUGGAAUAUGUUGUAUAUAAUUCUAUUUUACUUGAGUUUCCUUGACUGUGUUUAGUAGUUAAACUGCAAUGUAAUUCAACAUGUAGAUACCGACUAAGAGGGGACACCUGCACCCUAUUUGAUGGAAACUUGACCUACAUCAAUACACUAUUUAGAUGAAUAAACAUCAGAUUAACAGUCCAAGUUAUAAUGUUUAUCAUUAAAAAAUUAAUGAAAUAAAACAUGUUUCGACAACUU